AUGCUCCCUUGAAGUCGAAUAGCACGACCCGGAGCUAGACUACAUCCCAUAGCCACCUCAAAACUACACAAUUAUUCAUCUCAGUAUUCGAGGUUGGGUUCUCUCCUACUCGUCCCACGGUCCCAUAUGUCGCAGUAUUGACUUGUUUCAACGCAAGACAAACGAUCUUGAGCUACCCCUGUUGGCGAGACAGAGGCCACCUGUCCCAUUUCAGAUACGCUAGCGACACUUAUUACUUUUCUACCCAACCUUCGAAAACGGUCCUACAGUGAGCUAAAACCUAGAGCACAGAAUGGAUCGGUAGGCUCCCCUUCUCUUUAAUGUCUAUGAUUUCAAAAACAAUGAGAACCCGCCUAAUACCCUUCCUAGGGGAAUUCAAGGCAAUAAUAGGGGCGACUUCAGCGCGAACUCCGGGGAUUACAAUGUUUUCGGUAGUAAUAACAACAAUAACGUAAACACGGGCUACCAGAACAACUUUACCAAUAACGGGCAGGUAUAUCACCAGUAUGUGCUUGGAGCGGGGGAAAGAGGUAUUAUCAGCUUUCACGGGAGAUUUCUGGCAAAGAUCUAAUGCGCGAUUAAAACUAGAACACGCAUCCAGGCCUCACCGCAUAAUUCCCUAUUGCAGAAACACCAAGUUCACCGGCCGUGAAGAUCUCAUCGAGUCGGUAACGAGGUUUUCUGAGCGUAACGGGCACAACCGGAUCGCGCUUCACGGAUUGGGCGGUUCUGGGUAUGAAUUUAUGAUCGCUAUUUUAGGAGUUUACUAACAUUGCUUAGAAAAACCCAGAUUGCCCUCGAAUACCUCUAUCGGCACGCAAGCGAGAGUGAUUGUAACAUUUUCUGGGUGCACGGGAGUGGGCUACCAAAAUUUUGUGAGGACUUUAGAGCUAUUGCACAACACGUUCGAAUUGCCCCGGCCGGCGCCGAGAUAGAUGAAGAGGCGUUCCUAUUGAAUAUAAAGAGAUGGUUUCAAGGUCCAGAUAGUGGUUGUUGGAUACUGGUUAUUGACAAUGCCGACAAUGAGGAGGACUUUAUUGGCAACAGCGGUCGCAUCUCCAAAUUCGUACCACAAGGACCUCGGGGGACCCUAAUAUUCACCACCAGAUCACUCCGGGUUGCAUCCUGGCAGGGUUGUGAAAGGAUUGAUAUCGGAAAAAUGGAGGAGGAUGAAGCACAAGCAUUAUUUUCGAAGCUCUUGGGUAAUUGUGACAUUUCGAGAGAUAAAGAAAAAGAGGCAAUGACAAUGAUCCUAAAUUCCAUACAUCAUAUCCCAUUGGCUAUCAUAGGAGUGGCAGCGUUCAUG